CGCAUCCUUACCAACACUGGGCCCUGCAGAAAAUAAAUGGGACUUUACUUCAGACUUAAGGUAGACUCUAGAGUGAGCCUUAUCAGCCAAGAAAGAUCUGGUUUCCGGGGUUGAUUCUUGUAAGGUGGUUUGAGAUCACCUCUUCUGCCCAAGUCAAUGGAUGGAUUAAAUGACUCUUCGGUUUCUGAGUUUGUGUUGUUGGGACUGUCUACUUCUCGGGGAACAAAAGUUUUUCUCUUGUUGACAUUCUCCUUGCUCUACUUAGGGAUCAUCCUGGGAAAUCUCUUCAUUGUAUUUUUGGUAAUUGCUGAUUCCCACUUACAGUCUCCUAUGUACUUCCUGCUGGCCAACCUGUCCCUCAUUGAUGUGGGCCUUUCCUCUACAGCCAUCCCCAAGAUGAUCUCAGACCUUGCAAAUGAAUACAAUGUAAUUUCUUUCCAAAGUUGUAUGACUCAGAUAUGCUUCAUCCACAUCAUGGGAGGAGUGGAGAUGGUGUUGCUCAUAGCCAUGGCAUUUGACAGGUACACAGCCAUCUGUAAGCCUCUUCACUACUUGAACAUUAUGAGCCCAAAAAGAUGUGUUGCAUUUGUAAUCACUGGAUGGAUAACUGGGGUGAUCCAUGCUAUGUCUCAAUUUGCUUUUGUUAUAAACUUGCCUUUUUGCGGCUCUAAUAAAAUAGACAGCUUUUAUUGUGACUUUCCCAGGAUCAUAAAACUUACAUGCACAGAUGGAGCCAAGUUUGAGUUCAUUGUUGCUGCCAACAGUGGGUUUAUGAGCAUGGGCACCUUCUUCCUGCUAAUUCUUUCCUAUAUCUGCAUUUUGGUCACCGUCUGGAAACGUUCUUCAGGAGACUUAUCCAAGGCAUUUGUCACCUUGUCAGCUCACAUCACUGUGGUGGUUCUCUUUUUCACUCCAUGCAUGUUUCUGUAUGUGUGGCCUUUCCCCACAUCAUCAAUUGACAAAUAUCUGUUCAUUGUUGACUUUGCUAUCACUCCAGCCUUGAAUCCUGUCAUCUAUACAUUAAGGAACAAAGAUAUGAAGAUAGCCAUAAAAAGACUAAGCAAAUGGAGAUAUUAUGUCCAAUUUUGCUGACCAGAUCUGUCUUUGAAGUUCAAAAAUGUGUCUGCCUUUUGGACAUUUUUCACUUGACCACCUGCCAUUUAACAUGAUGUUGAGGCCAAACUGGAUGUGGCAUCUGCCUCAUUCAGUAGAUUUCUGCUACUUUUGUACAUGUACUGAAUUGCUUUUACUGCCAGGGGAAAUGUGAAUCUUCUGUAAUAUGAGUUAUUUAGUGAACAGCAGCAUUAUUCAUAAAUAAAGCUAUGUUGAUUAGUUUGAUGUAAGCACUCCAAAUUGUAGAAAAAAUCAACACAUUGUACCCCACAAAUGCAUAAUAGUAUUCAGGAUCUAU